UCGACAUGUGACUGGGACUUGACUGUAUGGAGGAUGGCUAUUUUGCAAUACGUAGCUGCACUGGCCAGUAUUACACUUGGUGGAUUUGGUGUUCUAUGGCUUAUCCGUCAGAUCAAGUAUAAAUAUAAACUUGAAAGCCUGAGAAAUAAAGUGGUAUGGAUUACUGGGGCUAGUUCAGGAGUUGGGGAAGCUUGUGCUAAGCUGUGCUAUAAAGCUGGUGCUAAACUAAUAUUGAGUUCCAGGAGAUCUUCUGAGUUGGAACGAGUCAGAAAUGAGUUAUGUGCCUUGAAACUGGAUACGACCACACAUAUUCCAAGAAUCUUACCAUUGGACUUGUCACUUGUGAAUAGCCUUGAGAGGAAGGCAAAUGAAGCCAUCAGUUUCCAUGGUAACAUUGAUAUCUUAAUUAAUAAUGGUGGAAUUGGAUUUCGUGGCAUUGCAGUUGAAACCUCUCUGGAAGUUGACAAAAAAUUGAUGGAUGUGAAUUAUUUUGGUGCUGUAGCUCUGACAAAAGGUGUACUUCCUGCUAUGCUGACCAAUGGUAGUGGUCAUAUUGUGGCUGUUAGUAGUGUCCAGGGCAAAAUGGCCAUACCCUUCAGAACUGCUUAUACAGCGUCUAAACACGCCAUGCAGGCAUUCUUUGAUAGUUUACGUUCUGAAUUAGCUGAUAAAAAUAUCAAUGUAUCAGUAAUCAGUCCAAGUUAUAUUAAAACCAAUCUGUCUCUGAAUGCUGUCAACCCUGAUGGUUCUACAUAUGGAGUCAUGGAUAAGACGAUAGAGACUGGAAUGUCACCUGAAUAUGUUGCUGACAAUAUCAUGAAAGCUAUUGUCACAAAAACCAAUGACGUUGUACUUGGACCAUUCACUCACAAAGCAGCAAUAUAUUUACGGACAUUACUACCUACAGUGUUUGACAUGAUAAUGGCAUCCAGGGCUAAGCAAGGACUAGCAGCUGAAAAUUGAAGCAUUGCUAUAAAACUUCAUCUGUAAUUAUUGGAUGAACUGUAUAAACAUUGAUGUGAUUGAAGUUUUAUUAGAAUUAGUUUUUACCUGAAUUUGUAGUAUUUUGUUUCUAGUUUUUAUUACCUGAAUAAUGUAUUCAUCUAAAUUGUGUGUUAUAAUACAAGACAGAUUAAAAAUUACUUACUUU